AUGAUGAUGAUAACAAGAAGACUGCGAGUGGCUUCAACACUUCAAUCAUACUUACAGCAGACUUGCUCAAGAACUGGCCCAAGCUUCAUCUCAUUGACUGGCAGCCGUCACUAUAUUACAAGAAAUACUCCAUUGACUGGAUCAUUCAUAAAUGUCAUUGGAGAUAAUGGUACCGCCAACUCCGCCGCUACAAUGUUAUGUAGUGGACGUGCAAAGAAGGGUGGAGGCGGUGGCAAGUCAGAUAAGAAGGAUGAUGUAGUCAUAUCAUCAGUCAAAGACGUCGAUCUCACUGCGAUGAAACAAGCAUGUGAUGCCACCAUCGACUUCAUUCGUCGUGGCUACGGCAAUAUUAGAUGUGGACGUGCUGGUCCCGAACUCCUAGAUCUCAUCCAAGUCGAAACGCCCAAUGGUACCCUUCCACUCAAUCAAGUGGCCAUGGUCACUGUCAAGGAUGCUCUCACUCUCCAUCUCACACUCUUUGAUCCAACUCUGUUGAAGUACGUUGAGAAGGCACUUCAGUCACGAUCAGACCUUGGCAUGAGCCCACAGGUCCAAGGUCAGAUGAUCAAACUUGCAAUGCCAAAGCCAACACAAGAGCUUCGCCAAACACUUAUAAAGUCAGCAAACAACCUGGCAGAGACAGCCAAGGUCAGCAUAAGAAGACAUAGAAAGGAUGCAGCGGACAUGGUGAAGAAGAGUUAUAAGUUUACAAAGGAUGACGAGAAGACCGUGGACAAGAACAUCCAGAAGAUCACCGACGACUAUAUUGCCACCUUGACCAAGUUGAAUGAAUCA